UUGGAUUUGCUAGGGAUAGAGGGGCGACAGAUAUCUGGCUGGACGUGACGACUGGUGCUAUCUCCGGAAUGUAAGAAUGUGGAGUGGAGUGGAGCAUGGAGUGUGUGGCCACGUGGGCCGAGGGCCGGAGACUGGCAGUGUGGCGGUGGCCUCGCCGGCGCCGAGCAAUGUUUGUCACAUGAUAGUCGGUUCUCACGUCAAGUGAUCCUUGCUCUUAUCUCGUACAACUAGAUAGCUGGAGGGAACUCCUAUGGCCAAUCACUCACCAGUAUCAGCGCUGAUAACGAGUGAUACAGAUGAGUUCUACCGAGCUGACAAACGCAGCGCCACGCUUGCCGAUGUGCCUAUUUUGUGGAAUAAUCAUGAAGUUACGUUUUUUGUGAAGCCAGAAAAUAUAUUGACCGGAGCUCAGAAUAUUAACAUUGAUUGAUAGUGCAAUCCUUUCCGCAUUCUUUGUGUGUUAUUCGAUCAUUGCUUAAUCGGAGUGUAAAAUAUUAACUUUUAUCAAAAAUCAAACCCAGAAAUGUUUUUAUGCACUGACAAUACAUUACAAUAACAAGACGUAGAUUAGAUAGCGUGGCACAUUGCUCAGCGCUGAGUGGCGCCCUUAUCACUGGUAUUGCAGGACUGGCGGCCGCUGCGUGACACCGUGUCUCGUGUGGCGGGUGUGACAGGUGGCAUUACACCACUGCUGCUGACAAUACAUGUACGUCGUGUUACAGCAAGUGUGGGGAGUGUGACUUCUGGGGAUUAACUGUUGCUUAAGUGAUUUACACAAAGCAAGUUCAUAUAAACGCGAGACAGCGUAUCAUGCAGUGAGGCGUACAGGUGCAGUAGCCGACAUGAGGCGGAGCAUGGUGUCGGCGCUGUGCGUGCUGGCGCUGCUGGCGCUGCUGGCGCGGCGCGGCGCGGGCAGCGCGGUGCUCGUGGUGUUCCCGGUGCCCAGCCGCAGCCACACGCUGCUCGGAGACCACCUCGUCUCCACCCUGCUGCACGCUGGCCACAACGUAACAUACGUAACGACGUUCACGAGAGUGCAGGCGAGCGCCCGCUUCACUCUGAUUGAUGUCGGCUCCGCUGCGGACGACGAGGAAGAGCCGAGUGGUACGGCCCGACUACAAGAGCUGAGCUCGACCCGUCUCCCGUCGCACAAGUUCCUGGCAGAUGGCGCCAGCAUCGCCGAGCAAACGCUGCGUCACCCUCGGGUGCAGGCGCUGCUGCAGGACGUCACACAACGUUUCGACCUGGUGGUGGCCGAGUGGUACUACUCUGGACUGUUGGCUCCGCUCGGUGCUGUGUUCCAAUGUCCGCUGGUGUGGUACAGCGCGGGGGACGCGUCGUGGCUGAGCGUGCAGCUGGUGCACGAGCCCAGCAGCGCCACCUACUUCGUGGACCCGCUGGCCGCUAGCCUGCCGCGCCUGCCGCCAGGCGUGCCUGACCGCCUGCGCUGCCUCGCCAGGCAGGCCUACCUCUCCGCCUGGGUAUACUACAUGACCCACUACGUGGAGACUCCCGCGUAUUACGAGAUAUACCAGCUGGCCAUCCAGCUGCGCGGGCGCACGCCGCCGCAGUACGAGGAACUGCUGUACGAUGGAGCUCUACUGCUGGUGAACUCGCACCCGGCGCUGGGACAGGGUGUACCACUGCCACAUAAUGCCAAGUACAUCGGGGGACACCAUCUCGCUGCCACUAACACCACCCUGCCCAAGAAUCUGCAGACUCUGCUGGAUAACGCUAAGCAUGGAGUGAUCUACUUCAACCUGGGCGGCACAGUGAGCGAGGACCUGCCGCUGGAGGUGCAGCGCGAGCUGCUGCGGGUGUUCCGGCAGCUGGAGCAGCUGGUGGUGUGGCGCCACCGCGGCGCGCUGCAGCACGUGCCGGGCAACGUGCGCCUCGUCCAGCGCGCGCCACAUCUCGCACUGCUCAAACAUCCCAACACCAUCAUGAUGAUCACGCACGGCGGGUUCCUAUCAUACAUGGAGGCGAUGUACUACGGCGUACCGAUCAUCGGCAUACCGGUGCAGGAAGACCAACUCCUCACCGUAGACAUAGCAGCGAGCAGGGGACGAGCCAUGAAGGUGUCCUUAUCCAGCGCCGGGAUGGGGUACAAGCUCAACGAGGCUAUCUUCGAAAUACUUGGCAACUACAGCUACCGCAGCAACGCGAAGCAGGCGUCGGCGCUGGUGCGGGACAGGCUGGUGCCGGCCGGCCAGGAGCUGCUGUACUGGGUGGAGCACGCGAUGCGGACGGGCGGCGCGCCGGCGCUGCGCUCGCCCGCGCUGCAGCUCAGCGCCAUGCAGCGCUACUACCUGGACGUGGCGGCCGUGCUGCUCAUGCUCGCCUGGUUUCUAUCCAAGGUAGCUAAGCUCGUCAAAGUUUACUGGGACGACUACGGGACGGAUACUCAAUAUUUUGAAGACAAGAAAAACGAAUAAAUGUUAUAUUUAUUACUAAAA